AUGGAGGUCGACACGAUUGACGAGCCCGUGACCCAGGUGCGCGACAACGGCGCCCUGGCCGUCAAGAAGACGCGCAUGGAAUUCGUCUCGCCCGAGGAAAAGGCGCGGCGGCGGCGCCUGCAGGAGGCGCACAAGGCCUACGGCCGCGGCAAGAAGAUCGACACCAAGCACAUCAAGGACAAGAAGCUGCGGAGGAACCUGAAGCACCUCGAGAACAAGUACCAGCACGCCACCGUCAAGGCCAAGGAUGCCGAGAUUCUGCUCGAGAACACCAGCGGCUUCCUUGAGCCCGAGGCCGAGCUCGAGCGUACCUACAAGGUCCGGCAAGACGACAUCACCUCUGGCGUCGCGGUCGAGACGGCGCAGAAGCGCUUCGAUCUCAAGCUGGACCAGCUAGGACCUUACACAUGCGAGUACUCGAGGAACGGGCGGGAGCUGCUGCUGGCGGGCCGAAAGGGCCACGUCGCGACCAUGGACUGGCGCGAGGGCAAGCUGGGCUGCGAGCUGCAGCUGGGCGAGACCAUCCGGGACGUCAAGUGGCUGCACAACAACCAGUACUUUGCCGUCGCGCAAAAAAAGUACGUCUACAUAUACGACCGCGACGGCGUCGAGCUGCACUGCCUGCGGAAACAUACCGAGGUCACGCACAUGGAAUUUCUCCCCUACCACUUUCUGCUGGCCACCAUUGGCACCGUUGGUGUUCUCAAAUACCAAGACACCUCGACCGGUCAGCUCAUCGCCGAGAUGCCCACCAAGCUCGGCCAGCCCGUCUCCAUGACCCAGAACCCCUACAACGCCGUCCUCCACGUCGGACACCAGAGCGGCGCCGUGACGCUCUGGUCGCCCAACUCACAAGAACCCCUGGUCAAGCUCCUGGCACACCGCGGGCCGGUGAGGUCCCUGUCCGUCGACCGAGAGGGGAGAUACAUGGUGUCGACUGGCCAGGACCUCAAGAUGGCCGUCUGGGACAUCCGCAUGUUCAGGGAGGUCAGCAACUACUACACGCGCCAGCCCGCCUCGACGGUGGCCAUCUCAGACACCGGCUUGACCGCCGUCGGAUGGGGCACGCAGACGACGAUCUGGAGGGGCCUGUUCAACAAGAACGCGCCGGCACAGGAGCAGGUGCAGAGCCCGUACAUGGCGUGGGGUGGCGAGGGCAAGCGCAUCGAGCGCGUGCGGUGGUGCCCCUACGAAGACAUUCUCGGCGUGAGCCACGACCAGGGCUUUUCGUCUCUGAUCGUACCGGGCGCGGGCGAGGCCAACUUUGACGCACUCGAGGUCAACCCGUUCGAGACGGCCAAGCAGCGGCAGGAGUCGGAGGUCAAGGGCCUCCUCAACAAGCUCCAGCCCGACAUGAUUGCGCUGGACCCCAACUUCAUCGGCAACCUGGACCUGCGGUCCAACGCGCAGAAGAAGGCGGAGAAGGACCUCGACACGCCCGCCGCGGACAUUGCCGAGGAGAUUCGCAACCGCGCCAGGGGCAAGAACGGCGCGCUGAAGAAGUACCUGCGCAAGCAGCGCAAGAAGAACAUUAUCGACGAGAAGCGGCUGCGGGUGGACGAGCUGUGGAAGGAGCAGCAGCAGAAGAACGACAAGAAGCGCAAGGAGGGCGAGGCGGAUCUGGGGCCGGCGCUGUCGCGCUUUGCCCGGAGAGAGCAUUAA